AUGGCCGCCGUUUGGCAACAGAUUCAUGAAGAUGAGGAGCUGGCACGCAGGCUGUAUGCGGAGGAGAUGGCGCAGCUUGAGGCCUUUACCCAGCACGAGCCCAUCGAUUUAGAGCAACAGGAAGGCAGGGGCCUGGAGAAUUUAGAGCGAAGGGAGCCUGAGCCUGCGGCGAAGAGACGGCGAACGCAAUCAUGCGAGCAGCUGGCUUCUCUGGACCCUGUGAUGGCUGCAAGCGAGGAAGAGCGGGAGGAAGUCGAGGAGAUGUGGGCUUGCUGGCUCCGGGGCGAAAAACUCGACGAUGGCCUGCAGAUCGAUUCCGGGGCAAAGGACUCCCAGGCUUACUCUUUGCACGCCAUCCAUGCGCUGAUGACCGAAUUCAGAAAAGCCCCUGCGCCAACGAUCCGCGCUGCCUUCGAGCAGGCGGGAACCUACAGCCAAGCACGCGCAAUUCUGGAGGCGAGCGAAGAUAACGAAUCGUUGAAAUGCUCCCGGCCAAAGAAGCCUGCACCUCCUUGUGAAGUACCAGCGAUGCUGCAGAAGGAAAUGGACCUCGGGCCCGACGCUGUCGCCAUUGGCGAGGCAUUCGCAAAGCGAAAGCAGGCUCGGGCUGAGCGAAUCCGAGAACUGAAAGCUCUCGGCGGUCUCGGCACUUGCGGGUGCUGCUUUGAUGAUGAGCUCCUGCCAGAGGAGGAGCUGCGGUGUAGCGGAGCGGCUGGGCAUGGUUUCUGCAUUCCGUGUGUCAAGCGCGCGGCACUGGAGUUUUUUGGACGGGGAUUGUUCACCUUGAACUUGAGCGGGGGUAGCUCACAAGACCCAAGCAGCUCCGUGGGGAGGAGUGAUGCUGGGAUCCCGGGUUUGAGCUGUUCAAAACUCGGUUGUCUGGACACUUCUGGUUGUCAAGGCCAUUUCACGGACACGGCUCUGCGGAAGGCUCUGCCGAAGAAGGACUACGCUCGGUACUCACGGCGCUCAGCCGCACUUGAAGCGGCAAACUCUGGUCUAACAGACCUGGUCGCAUGCCCCAGUUGCGACUUCAUGGUGCAGAUGACAGAUCCCAAUGAUGGCAUUGUAAGGUGCUUGGAUCCGGAGUGUGGUCAGACAACAUGCCGCUGGUGCAUGAAGCCCGAGCACAGCCCGUUGAAGUGCGAUGAAGUCGAGGAGGACGGAGAGACAAAAAUCAGGACGUUCCUGGAAGAGAGGAUGGCAGAGGCAGCCCUGCGGAGGUGUCCCAACAAGAGAUGCCGGAAACCCUACGAAAGGGAAGAAGGCUGCAACCACAUCAAGUGUCCUUGCGGGACACACAGCUGCUAUCUCUGCGGCCAAGAGUUAGACAAAAAGAGGCCCUACGACCACUACAAGGAUGGCCAUUUGGGUGGAGGCAAGAACGACUCUUCCUCCAAAUGUAUUGUGUAUGGGACUCCAGCUUGGGCUGAGAAGACUGCAAAGCAAAAACAGCAGGAGACGGAGGAAGCGCUGAAGCAAUACUUGAAGGAAAAUCCAGAACUCAAGGAGAUUGCUGCAGGCUCCAGCGAGGCGAAGAAGAAGAGGUUAAAGCAGUUGAUGCAGACGACUCCAGAAAGCCGGAAUCGUGGGAAGUCGAGAAAAGAGAACGACAUUCCCAACCUUCAAGUCGACACAGCUUGUGCCGUACAGUGA